AUGAAGUCCUUAUUUCUGCUCCUCUUCUUCCUGCUUUUGGUGUCCCAUGGGUCUUCAGCGGUCAUCACAGGGGCAUGUGAGAAGGACUCCCAGUGUGGAGGAGGAAUGUGCUGUGCGGUGAGUUUGUGGAUUCAUAGCCUGCGUAUGUGCACACCGAUGGGAGCGGAAGGAGAUGACUGUCACCCCAUGAGCCACACUGUUCCUUUCAUUGGGAAAAGACUUCAUCACACAUGUCCCUGUCUACCCAACUUGUCAUGCAUCACUGUAGAGGAGGGACAAUCGAGAUGCCUCUCAUCAUAUCAGAGAGACCAAGACUACAUCUGA